AUGAACAUUCGACGAUGGUGCAUAAGGUGUAUUUUGACGUGCACACUUAAAAGAGAACGACUGCGUUCAACAGCAAGGAACCGGAAGAUCGAACUGAAACUUGUUCAUUCGGAUAAACCGGUCAGCACUUCUUCUUUUAGAGGUUAUACGAGUUCUAGAUUUGAGACACAACCAACGAAGCAGCUGCGGAUUGACAAGACACGCCUACGCGAAAAUGUUCAACGUGAAAAAAGGAAGACCGACAGUUUCGAACAACAAAGGGAAGAUAAGGUAGCCAAAAUGAAAAUAAAUGUCAACAGUGCUGAGAAACGAGGGCAACAAAGCAAAGAAAAAUAUACAGAAAAUACCAGCAAUGUCGUCGAGAAACUAAGUGAUAACAGUGCGGACAAAUCUUACCGUUCAGCGGAAAGUUCGAGGAAAGGGAUAGAUAGUGAUGAAAGGGACACUUUAGGCAUGGAAAGUACAGACAACUAUCAGCAAAAGCAAAUAGAUAGCAUUGAAGGUGAUACCAAUAAUGUUGCCAGGCCAGUAUUGAGUUCUACGUCUGUCAAGAGAUCUGAAUCGGAUAAUGAUACUACGAAAAGAGGUUCAACUUCAGACAAGAGAUCUAAAUCUGAUAAUGAAAGUAAAGAAAGAGGUUCAACCUCAGACAAGGGAUCUAAGUCUGAUAAUGGAAGUAAUGAUAGAGGUUCAACUUCAGACAAGAGAUCUGAAUCUGAUAAUGAAAGUAAAGAAAGAGGUUCAACCUCAGACAAGGGAUCUAAAUCUGACAAUGGAAAUAAUGAAAGAGGUUCAACUUCAGACAAGAGAUCUAAAUCUGAUAAUGAAAAUAAAGAAAGAGGUUCAACCUCAGACAAGGGAUCUAAAUCUGAUAAUGGAAGUAAUGAAAGAGGUUCAACUUCAGACAAGGGAUCUAAAUCUGAUAAUGGAAGUAAUGAAAGAGGUUCAACUUCAGACACGGGAUCUAAAUCUGAUAAUGGAAAUAAUAAAAGAGGUUCAACUUCAGACAAGAGAUCUAAAUCUGAUAAUGAAAGUAAAGAAAGAGGUUCAACCUCAGACAAGGGAUCUAAGUCUGAUAAUGGAAGUAAUGAUAGAGGUUCAACUUCAGACAAGAGAUCUGAAUCUGAUAAUGAAAGUAAAGAAAGAGGUUCAACCUCAGACACGGGAUCUAAAUCUGAUAAUGGAAAUAAUGAAAGAGGUUCAACUUCAGACAAGAGAUCUAAAUCUGAUAAUGAAAGUAAAGAAAGAGGUUCAACCUCAGACAAGGGAUCUAAAUCUGAUAAUGAAAAUAAUGAAAGAGGUUCAACUUCAGACAAGAGAUCUAAAUCUGAUAAUGAAAAUAAAGAAAGAGGUUCAACCUCAGACAAGGGAUCUAAAUCUGAUAAUGGAAGUAAUGAAAGAGGUUCAACUUCAGACAAGGGAUCUAAAUCUUAUAAUGGAAGUAAUGAAAGAGGUUCAACUUCAGACAAGGGAUCUAAAUCUGAUAAUGGAAAUAAUAAAAGAGGUUCAACUUCAGACAAGGGAUCUAAAUCUGAUAAUGAAAGUAAAGAAAGAGGUUCAACCUCAGACAAGGGAUCUAAAUCUGAUAAUGAAACUAAUGAAAGAGGUUCAACUUCAGACAAGAGAUCUAAAUCUGAUAAUGAAAAUAAAGAAAGAGGUUCAACCUCAGACAAGGGAUCUAAAUCUGAUAAUGGAAGUAAUGAAAGAGGUCCAACUUCAGACAAGGGAUCUAAAUCUGAUAAUGGAAGUAAUGAAAGAGGUUCAACUUCAGACACGGGAUCUAAAUCUGAUAAUGGAAAUAAUAAAAGAGGUUCAACUUCAGACAAGGGAUCUAAAUCUGAUAAUGAAAGUAAAGAAAGAGGUUCAACCUCAGACAAGGGAUCUAAAUCUGAUAAUGAAACUAAUGAAAGAGAUUCAAAUUCAGACGAGGGAUCUGAACAUGACAGUGAAAGUAUAGAAAGAGGUUCAACAUCAGACAAGGGUUCUAACUUUAUAAGUGACAGUACAGAACAGGGUUCAACACCAGAAAAAGGAUCUAGAUCUGACAAAGACAGUACAGAAAAGGCUUCAACAUCAGACAACGGAUCUAAAUCUGACAGAGAUAGUGGAGAGCAGGAUUCAGCAUCAGACAACAUAUCUAAAUCUGACGGUGACAGUGCAGAACUGGAUUCAACAUCAGACAAAGGAUCUAAAUCUGACAGAGACAGUGGAGAACAGGGUUCAACAUCAGACGUUUUAGGAUCUAAUUCUAAUGAUGAUAGUAAUGAAACAGGUUCAACCACAGACGACGAAGGAUCUCAAUCUGGAGGUGAAAGUAAAGAAAAGCGUUCAACAUCAGACGAAGGAUCAAAUUCUGACGGUGACAGUACAGAUCAGGGUUCAACAUCAGACAAAGGAUCUAAAUCUGAUAAAGACAGUGCAGACGAAGGAUCUAAUUCUGACGGUGAUAGUACGGAAACAGGUUCAUCAUCAGACGAAGGAUCCAAAUCUGACAGUGAGAGUACGGAAAAUGGUUCAACAUCAGACAAGGAUUCAAAAUCUGGCAGUGAUAGUAAAACGAGUUCAACAUCAGACGAAGGAGCUAGCUCUGGCGGUGAAAGCAAAGAAAGUGAUUUCUCUUCAGAUCAAGGAUAUAGUGCUGAAAGUAAUGGUACAGAAAAUGGUUCUCCAUCUGACAAGCAAUCAAAGUCUGACAACAUUAGUGUUGAAAACAAAAGUUUUACUCAAGAUGCAGGAUCUGGAAAGUCUUCUGCAGAGAGUAGUUUAAGAUCAGAGGGUGAUUCUAAGCAGAAAAAGGCUGAUACCGCGGCAGAUUCUACACCAGGUAAACGCUCCCAGUCUGACGGUGAAAGUUCAAAAGGCAGAUUGAGAUCUAACGAAUACUCUAAGAGCACGGACAAACAUAGUAAAACCCUGCCUGAUAGUCAUGAAAGAUUUACUGAAAAUGCAAAGAGGAAGUCUCCAUCAGAUCUUGCUAGACGUAGACACGAGUUCACUAAGGCCGAAAAACUUAAACCUCACAUGGCGAGUACAGAGAGAAAGCAAAACAAAUAUCAAGACAGCAAGAAAAUUGAACCGAGAAGAUUUUUAACGAGCUUUAUGAGAAACCUCCGAAAAUCUAGAUCAGACAUUCUGAAAGUCAUUCGAUUACGUGAUGGAAAUUUUCAGCGGCUAGUUGAUGGAAGCGGGGAAAAUAUUGGAUACAACAACGGUAGGGGACGUGUCGGAAUCUCGAGCACAGAAGCUAUUGGACACCGUGGGUUUUUCAGGUGA